AUGGACGGGAAGACAAAAUCGCAGUGGACCGUGGAGGAGACAACCUGUCUCCUUGGAUUUUGGUCUUCUGCCGAGGUCCAGAAGAAGUUAGAAGGAGCAACCCGGACGAAGGUUGUCUUCGAGCAGCUGCAGCGGGAGAUGACUGCGGCGGGGUAUGACCGGAGCGCCGAGCAGAUUGUAAAUGAAAUGAAAAAGUUGAAGAAGAACUUCAGGGACCAGAAAAAAGACCUGGGGGGAAGCGGCAAUGGACGGCCAAAGAAAGGUCCACAUUUCGAUGUCCUAGACUCGGUCCUCGGCGACAGACCGGCAUGCAAAAUCACCGGGGCCUUGAAUUCUGCGACGGCCAUGCUGGAGUCGAUGGUGGACGAGUCGCUCAUCCAAAGCACCCCUGAUAUCGAGUUGUCUGCCGUAGAAGAGUAUUGUAACGCGGAGCUACCACCGCCGCUGAGUUGUAGCUCACCAUCACCAUCACCGUCCAGCCUUGGAAGCUCCAACACUUCACUUGCCAGACACGGAAAAAGAAAGUGGGAUAAGGACGACAGCGAAUUGUUGCAGUACCUGGAGAGGUCUGACGAGAGCCACCUCCAAUCCCUGGAGGCCUCCAGAGUGGUGACAGGAGCAGAUCAGCACAAGCAACACCGCUUUGACCGGGCUGAUGGGACGUGUUGUGACGGGGAUGGAGGCUGGGCGAAAAUGAAGACCAAAUGAACCCCAAAACCCCAAAAAGUGUUUGUCAAAAGACAACACUGUUCCUCUUCUUUGUAAUUUUCACUUUUAUUUUAAUUUUGCACACGGUUUUUUACAUUUGUAUUUUAUUAUAUUUUUUAAAUAAACUUCUAAAAGACACUGGUUAUUCUGUGUUGUUUAUUGUAUGAAACUCUUCAUGUCCUGCAAACAAAUAGCGUAGGCAGUAUUACAAGAGAAUUGGGGGGAAUAUUAUACCACAUUAUCUAAAGUUUUUCUGGAAUUGCAAUUAGCUUACAUUAACAUGCCAACAUGCUCAGUUACAAUGUUAAAGAAAAAUGGGG